UGUCUAUUGUGCGGGCUAAGUCGUUUCUGCGCAUUUGAUGCCAUCUCUGCGGCUGCACGUUUAGGACGCUCUCUGUGGAUAUAUCCUCCUGUUGGUUGAAUUAAGGGAUUAUGAAUCUCUCUCUCUUGAAUUAAGGGAUUAGAGUGAUCUCACUACGCACAAUUGGUCGCGUUGCUCAACGAUAGAAUCGCAGACUCAAACAGCAUGUCGGUUCAAUUCUGUGCACGUGUCUAGAAACCCAAUGUCUGGACUCCAGAGUUUAAACGAAACGCUUAUUAUUGGCAGAUGGGGGGAUCGCUUGCGCCUCCCUUGGCGAUGACAUUUAUAUCGCGAUCAGGCUGCCGCAACAAUGCUGCUACAAGAACCCCAUUUUCAUUGAUUUCCGUCAGUUUUUUCAUCAUGGCGGCUAAUACGCAUCAGCAUUUCAAGUAUGAGCCACUGAACCAACCGGCAGCGUUUCGGCUUCUCUUACUCGAACCUGGCAAAGACGAAGAUGCUAUCACCUGCAAGCUUCAAAUUCACCACCUUUCUGCCUCGUACCCUCUAAGUAUGCCCAAAGACUCGACACCGCCAUUCGAAGCCAUCUCCUACGUUUGGGGCUCCGCGGAUCUUAUUCAUACCAUCGAAUGCAAUGAGAAACCUCUCCGAAUCACUGCCAAUCUGAGGCAAGCUCUUCUUCUCCUCAGAUGCCCAUCUCGACCCGUCUUUGUGUGGGCGGACGCUAUUUGUAUAGAUCAGUCAGAUCUCAAAGAACGUCGGGUUCAAGUGGAUUUGAUGGAGCGGAUCUACUCCAGAGCCAAACGCGUUUCUGUGUGUCUCCGAGUUGAUGACGCACUAUCGACACAGGAGCAACAUGCAUUGGCAAAAUACCUUCGUGCACUUGGUCCGCUAAAAUAUGCUCGGCGCAAAUUCUCCCAACGGUGGGCCAUUCCGGAUGAAAGAGCAGUUGCUGUGGAAUCCUCCUACAGCGACACCCCACCAACUGCUGGAAGACGUUCGCCAGGAUACUCUCCCGGACCGAGACAAUUGCGGCGCAAGAUUAUCUGGAAUUAUAAUCAGUACCCGCAACUAGAUGAACGAGGUGACAUAUUGCCGCUUAGUGUCAAAUUUUUUGACAAUCCCUGGUUCAACCGGAUCUGGGUCAUUCAAGAAGUGAGCGACAGUUCCAAGACGAGAGUGGGAUUUGGUAAAGAGUUCGUCCCAUUUCAAAAUGUCUUGUCUCUUGCAGCACAAGUACGGCGACAUCCUCUCUACACCUUGUUAGCGCCGAAAACUAAGGGCGUGCAAAACGUCCUUAGCAUGGCGUCUGACUUGGAUAUCUCUGCCCAUGAACCGCUAUUAGCAUUACUUCAAGCGACAAGAGAUUUCAAGGCUUCGGACCCUCGAGACAAAGUAUAUGCUGUACUGCAUCGACCUGUAAAAAGGCCCCGCACUCGUCACAAAUACUAUUCAACUCUCGAUCAGAGGAAGUAUCUCGAAGUCCUCGUACAGAUGCUCACCUUACUGCAUCUUCUUUUUGGCGCAGUUCAGAGCCGCAUCGGGACCACCCAGUUCUGGUAUAUGUUCACGUUGUUAAUGAGCAUGGCAUAUUUUACUAAGCAGGAGCGCGCAGUAUGGAUAAUCGUCACUGAUGUAUUCCAUCGCUUCGUAAACUUUUGCGUCGCUGUUGACCAACGCAUUCUGCACCAGUUUAAGCACGUACAAACCCUUCACGAUACAUUUUCAAUAUCCGCAGACUAUUCUCUUACUGUAAACUCGGUCUUUAGCAAGAUUGCUCUCAGAUCCAUCCAGCUUUCUGGAAGUCUCGAUGUUCUCUCCUACACGAAUCAUGUGUCCGCCAUUAACACAUCCUAUCCAUCUUGGGUGCCACAAUGGGACCUGCCUACAGAGGGAGUUCAGCUUCUGGUGGCUUUCCCCGGCCAUCAGUACACGGCAGCUGCUGGGAUCCGCCACAAUACCGGCCUAGCCGGGGACCACGCAGACUACUUGGUCGUCGAGGGCAUAUCUUUCUCUUCAAUUUCUUGGAUCUCGGAUGUCAUUACACUAUCACAAUCAUCACAACCGGUCCCAAAACGUCGAGAAAGGGAUCAGGACAAUGACACAUCCCUCUCGGGUAGCACCACGGCCACGCCCUGGCGCAGAUGUUUAGCGUCUUUCGCAGCAGAACGUCUCGUUCAUGGCCGCCGGAGACUCGCUCCACCGAGCUUUCAGGACUACCAGCAAUGUCUAGCCAGUGCGCAUCGCAUCUGUCAUGGACGACGAGCUUUCACAUUGGAGAAUGAAUACGUCGGAAUUGGUGCUGCGGCCAUGAAAGUUGGAGACAUUGUUUGCAUUUUGUUUGGUGGGAAGGUGCCGUAUAUUUUGCGGCCGACUGACAGAACCGGCAUGUACAGGCUUGUUGGAGAAUGCUAUGUUCAUGGCAUCAUGCAGGGGGAGGUGGUCGGCCUGUCUCAUAAAAUUGGACUGAAAAAGGACCGCUUUGUGCUCUCCUAGAUUAGCCUAUAGAACAAGCUGUGUAGAUUUUAAUGAUUUCCUAUCAAAUUAUGGACUUCCUCACCGAGGCGCAAACGUUGAAGCUGAGCCGAUAGUCUGAUUCUCCAGUAUUAGCAAAC